AUGUACGUGGCUAUGGAGUCAGUCGCUGAUGAAGGAAAUGGAAGGAAAGUUGCCUUUCAAUAUUGGCCAGCAAGUCAGGAUCCUUUGAAUCAACCAAUAGACGAAAGUCGUCAUUACUGUCCGAAUUGUUGUCGAAGCUACAAAAAUCGGAAACAUAUGAUUUGUCAUUAUCGAAACGAAUGCUUCAUGAUGUCUCAAGUGGAUUUUAGCUACAUUUCACCAUCGUCCAAUAUCGAAGCAAAAAUUUUUGGAAGAGAAGAAAGUAAUGUUGCUGGCUACAUAAUUGAAGCAAGAGGAAGGAAUAAUAGUGCAAAAGCCAGAGGCGAUCCUUUACAGUCUUUUAAGUGUCCAAAUUGUCCAAGUCGCUUCAGUCAAAGUCGAAAUUUAACAAGACAUUUGAAGUAUGAAUGUCAACAACCUCCAAGAUUUUCCUGUCCGCAUUGUCCAUUUCGCUCAAAACAAACUAGCAAUGUUCUCGCACAUCUAACAACAAAAUUAAUCGGCGAAGGAACACAUAAAAAAGUGGGGGUACGAAAAGUUGCAGGUUCUGGGAUGACAAUGUGGUCAGACUACCAGCAAAACCAGUAUCACACUGGUCAAAUUGCAGCAGAAAAAUAUAGCUAUCCUUCAUAUUCUUCCAACAUUAUAUACCCCAGAAACCCAGAUAUGCAUCUAGCCAAAAAUCUUGGUUCCUACAAGUGUCCAAAUUGUGGAAAAAGACACUGGGAUCAUUCAAUUCAAUUUCACGAAGUUCAGGAUCCAAAUUCAGAAUUAAGUCAAUUGUCUUCAUCACUUCGAGGUUCUUCAGGAGGUCAAUCGAGAUGGGGUGAAAGAACUGAUUACGAAUGUAGAAAUUGUGGAAAAUAUUUUCUAACCUACAAUCACCUUUAUGCUCAUAAAACCCGUUAUUGUGGAGUAACUGCGUCCAUUAUGUGCUGUUACUGUAAAUAUCGAGCAAAACGAAUGUGGGAUAUUAAAGUCCACCUUGAGGGCAAACAUGGAUUUAAUUCGAGCUAUUAUUGGAAGGAUUGCAAUAUUGUACUGAAGAAAGAAGAAGUUGACUUUCCAUCAGAUUUUGAUGACGAUGUUCUUUCAUCCCAGGGUGAUUUGAGUGCAAGGUGUAGUUCAGCAGGAAGCAAAAUGACCAACCCGGAAGAAAAAAAAUACUGGACUCCGGACGCAUCUAAAUAUAAGUGUUCAAAAUGCUCAAAGUCUUUCAGAUGGAAGCAUCACCUUAUCCAUCAUCUGAAAGUGUCUUGUGGAGGAGUCAAAUCAGAAUGUUGCCCCUUCUGUGAUUAUCGUACUGAUCGCAAAUGGAAUCUCAAAUCACACACUCACGGGAAUCGGAAAUCGGUCGAAAGAGAAACAAAGAAGUUUACGUCUGCAAAAAUUGCGGGAAGCAGUACAAUUACCAAUCCAGCCUGA